AUGAUCCCUUCAGGAAUAAUGAAGCCUCCCAGAGGAAAGCUUUCUCUUCCCAUCAUUAUCAUCACUACCUGUAUUCUUGUUUUUGUGGCUAUCUUGUAUGUGGAGAGACUCAGUUUCCCCUCUUCCAAGUCCAUUUUCAAGUUCAAACCAUGUCCUAGACAAAUCAAACCACAGUCUAAUGAUAAAAAAGCAGAUGAAGAGGUUGUGAUUGUGAACGCAUCAUCAUGGAUUGAUGACAGGUUUGAUUUUGACCCUGAGGAGUGCAAUGUUGCCAACGGGAAAUGGGUGUUUAACAAUUCAAUAACGCCUCUCUACUCUGACAUAAGCUGUCCAUAUAUAGAUAGACAAUUUUCUUGUGUCAAGAAUGGGAGGAAUGAUUCUGACUAUCGCCAUUGGGAGUGGCAGCCAGAAGACUGCACCUUGCCACGUUUCAACCCAGAGCUAGCCCUCAGAAAGCUUCAAGGGAAAAGACUGCUAUUUGUUGGGGAUUCACUGCAAAGAAACCAGUGGGAGUCUUUUGUCUGCUUGGUAGAAUGGGUCAUACCUCAUAAGCAUAAAUCUAUGAUACUGGGGAGAGUUCAUUCAGUCUUCACUGCUAAGGCAUACAAUGCUACCAUAGAAUUCUAUUGGGCCCCUUAUCUUGUGGAGUCCAACAGUGACAUUAACAUUAUAGAUAUAAAGAAAAGGAUAAUAAAAGUGGAUGCCAUAGCUGAAAGAGCCAAAAACUGGACAGGAGUGGACAUCCUUGUAUUCAACACCUACGUAUGGUGGAUGAGUGGUAUUAGGAUUAAAACAAUAUGGGGUUCCUUUGCUAAUGGACAAGAAGGGUAUGAAGAAUUUGACACCCCAAUUGCUUACAAGUUAGCUUUGAAAACGUGGGCCAACUGGAUCGACUCAACCAUCAAUCCAAACAAAACUCGGGUCUUUUUCACCACUAUGUCACCAACACACACAAGAAGCCAAGACUGGGGCAACAUGGAAGGUGUGAAAUGCUUCAAUGAGACAAAGCCAGUGAAGAAAAAUAAGCACUGGGGAACUGGUUCUGACAAGAGAAUAAUGAGUGUGGUGGCCAAAGUGGUGAAGAAAAUGAAAGUUCCUGUGACAUUCAUCAACAUUACACAGCUAUCAGAGUACAGAAUUGAUGGCCAUUCCUCAGUUUACACUGAAACCGGAGGGAAACUGUUGACUGAAGAGGAAAGGGCUGAUCCACAAAACGCAGAUUGCAUACACUGGUGUUUGCCUGGAGUUCCUGAUACUUGGAAUCAAAUACUUUUGUCUAUGUUGUAA